AUGUUUAGACAAGCAAUCACUAUCUUCCAGGCUCAGAAGUUGAACCUCUCCUUGUUAAACAAAUUGAACAGCUACAACAUCAAGGUGGUAUUAAAAGAUAAACCAUGCUACCAGGACUACAAAAUGAUCCAUAAUAGCUUUCUUCAUAUCCACCCCGAUAACUUAUCGAUUUUGGUAGCAUCCUACCCUGAAUUGUUCAAGGCAUCCCACCAAAACUCCAAGAUGUACUUGAACGACUUAAACAUGGUUUCCGCUGGCGAGUUUAACCGGUUGAAGUUUAACGGCCCCUUGGUGUUUGACGCCAACAACAACUUGUUGGCCAAUAACGAUCUCACCAUCUCACGGUUGUUGAGCAACCACGAUCCCAUGGCACACAAUCACAUCAAUCUCCACAACUUGGUCCAUCCUCACAGAGCUGAGUUUGCGGACUUGUUUUAA